AUGAAUACGCCCCUGACUAUCUUACUACUGCUUGGUAGUAUAUACCAAUGUGCCGGACAAUCCGAUUAUAAUGAUAAUUGCCAGCCUGCUUUAUAUAUCAAGGCUGGUGACUAUGGGAAUUUCACAUCACCUAAUGCUAAUGCAACGUGUGAGCAUGCUCUUAUAUCCUUCCUCGAAGUAGAUACUAGCGAGACUGUCUCUUUGCAACAAGGUGAUGCAAUCUGCGAGGUUUAUCCGCUCAUACAUAUCUCAAUUCCAACUGACACGCCGGUUGGCACCGCAAAGAUAACCUGGCUUUGUGAUAAUGAGAAGCCCAACCCAUGCCAGCUGCUUUUUGUUCAGCCUGCAUCUCCAUAUGCAACGGCUUCAGUAUCAACUUUUGCCAUGACUCUGGAAUGCCCCUCAUCUGAAAGCGGUAUCAUUCCUCAAACCGAUACCGCUCAAGGUUCGGGGUCGAAUUUGGUACCAUCUCAAGUCCAACCGCCAGGGUCUUCAGUGACGGGAGGGCCUUCUAGAGUCCAAUCAGGUGGAGAAGCGGCAACGGCUACUCCGUACAUAGACAGUACUACCCCUGAGUAUGGUGGGAGUAUACCAGAACAUACAGAGUCUGGUACUGAACCUUUCACUGGAGGGGAAACUCAGACAAGUCCAACAAUGGUUGCAACAGAUGCUGUUCCAUCUGGCACGAAUGAGUCUUCGCAGCUAGCGGAUCACGACGUGGGAGUAACACCGCCAGUGGAAACGAAUAUCUCGGAUAUCUCAAAUGCUACAGUGACUCCUAUCCCGGAGAAUACGGCUGUACUCACCGGAACACAAUCACCUGCUCAGGGCUCAGAUAAUGCAUCUUCAGACAACGGCUGUACUUGUGCCUAG